AUGUCUUGUUCUUGUGUUUGCUCUAGUUCUGGUCCUGGUAAUUCAUUGGAGGGCUCUUCCUGUGGUAAGGCUAAGCCAGAGGUUCUCUCUAAUGUUGUUGAUUGCUGCAAAAACUGCUGUGAACUGAUUUGCGAUGAUAGCUCAGCUGGCGAGAAAGAAAAAUGUGCUGAAGUUUGCAAAAAAUUGUGUGCUGAAUGUUGUCAAAAAUGCUUUGAAAAAUGUUGCAACAAUUCAUCAAAUGAAAAAUUCCAAGAGUUUUGCGAUAACUUCUGCAAAGAGUUUUGUGAAAAGUUUUGUAGCAGUUACAACAAUCUUUCAAAGGAUUCUGUUCAAGACUUUUCUCAAAAGUUCUGCGACGAAUUUUGCAACGAAUUUUGCAAUGAUUUUUGCCAAAAAUAUGGUUAG